AUGUCAGGGCGCUCCUCUUUCCAGGGUUCAAAGUUUGGUCAUGUUUUUGGAAAGCCUGCGUCUCGAAGGCAGAGCUUUGACGGACUGCCAAUCACCCGUAGCGUCCAUGACACCCACUGCUGUACCGUUAACCCCGCCUUCAUCGCCGUGGUGACCGAGUGCUCGGGUGGGGGGGCUUUCCUGGUGCUGCCAAUCAAUGACACCGGCCGGGUGGACCCUCUGCAGCCGCGGGUGUGUGGCCACAGGGCGCAGGUUCUGGACGUCAAGUGGAACCCGUUUGACGACCACUGCAUCGCCUCCUGCUCCGAAGACUGCACUGUGAAAGUGUGGGACAUCCCGGUGGGUGGGGUGCAGCGGAACCUGACCUGGGCCACAAAGACUCUGGUGGGCCACUCCAGACGUGUGGCCAUCAUCGAGUGGCACCCGACGGCCGAAAACCUCCUGCUGAGCUCCGCCUACGACUACAAGGUGCUCCUGUGGGACCUGUCUCAGCCUGGCUCAGUGCUGCGGUCUCCAGUGCGUGUGCUCAUGGGGCCUCUCCUGAGCCGCUGUCCCGCAGACGCCCUGCUCCUCUCUGUGAGCUUCAGCGCGGACGGGAGCGCGCUGGCCGUGACCUCCAAAGACAGACGCGUGCGCACCCUGGACCCACGCACGGGGCAGAUCCUGCAGGUGUCCAGCAGGGGGCAGCACAGAGCCAAUAAAGUGCUGUUCAUCAGUGAGAGGAUGCUGCUGUCCACAGGAUGCUCCCCGUGGAACCAGAGGCAGAUGGUUCUGUGGGACACGGAGGACCUGUCCGAGCCGCUGUAUGAGGAGGAGCUGGACGGGGCGGCCGGAGUCCUGUUCCCCUUCUAUGACCAGGACACUAACAUGCUUUAUCUUGCCGGAAAGGGGGAUGGGAACAUUCGGUAUUAUGAGCUGAGCACUGAAAAGCCUUACGUCCGAUUUCUCACUGAGUUCAGGUCCCUGCUGCCACAGAGAGGCCUGGGGGUGAUGCCAAAACGUGGGUUGAACGUAAAAGCCUGUGAAGUUUACCGGUUUUAUCGCCUGAUUUGUGUCAAAGAUCUGGUGGAGCCACUGUCCAUGAUCGUCCCCAGAAAAGAGCCUGGUGUUUUCCAUGAAGACUUGUACCCACCUACAGCAGGAAACCAGGCGGCCAUGACGGCUCAAGAGUGGCUCUCAGGGGUCAACAGAGGGCCUGUUCUCAUGUCCCUGAAGCCAGGGACUCGAGUGACUAACCCAUACCCAGAACUGGCCCCUGAGCGUGGGCUGAACCGGCAGCUCAGCUCCCAGUGCAUCCACAUGGAGCCGGACUUCACCGCACUGACACCCGCCGGCAUGGGCUUCAUAGAGGAGGCUUUCUACGAGGAGCAGCUGUCGUACCAGGACCUGAAGUUCUCUCACGACGUGUGCGAUCUCUCCGACUGGACGGUGGACGAGACUUUUCUGCCGCUGUGGUCGUACUGUUGCACCCCGCACUGCUGCGAGCCCAGAGAGAGGCCUCCCCCCAACUCAGAGCCAGAGGCGUUUUACAAACAGCAGGAAGAGAUACGAGAGCUACGAGAGCAACUCAAUCAGAGAGAGGACAGAAUUUCCCAACUUGAAGUAGAAAUCAAAAUCACAAGAAACAACAUGAGGGCUUCAUUCUGA